AUGACUUUAACUCCGGCAGUCGUAUGGAAGGACACCAUUAAUGUUGGCGGCUGUGAACGGACACCUGGAGGUAGUGACUUUCCUAGUCAGUCACGGCAGUCAGUUAGAGGCUACAUCCACCUUGGAUGGAAGGACACCAUUAAUGUGGGCGGCUUGGGGAGGACGCCUGGAGGUGGUGAUGUACCUGGUCACUCACCGCAGUCAUGGGGAGAGACACCAUUACUGUUGGCAGCUAAGUACGGACACCUGGAGGUAGUGACGUACCUGGUCAGUCACGGCAGUCAGUUAGAGGCUACAUCCAUGAUUGGACACACAGCUUUACAUCAUGCUGCUGAGUAUGGAAAUAUUGGUGUAACAAAAUGGAUAAUAGAUCAAGGAUGCAGUCCUUGGGUGAAAUCAAAACAGGGUAAGACUCCUUAUGAUCUGGUAAAAAUAUACAGCGUUGAUGAUGAAGAGGAAAAAAGGAAAAAGGAAGAAGUGAUGGACUUCCUUAAGACUGUCAUGUCGAAGACAUCCCCAGAAGUAACUGCUUACACCCAUUUACAGGAACCUGCAGCACAAGUAGUUGAAGACAGCAAAAUACCAGAACAAAUAAAAAAGAUGGAUCAUGAGUCGAUUGCCAUUUAUUUGAACGCCCUUGAAUCGGGUUCAGAAAGAAGACGGGAUAUAAAUUUAAUAAUUGUUGGAAAAAAAUCUGUUGGAAAGACUUCCUUAGUACGAAGAUUGUUCGGGGAGGAGUUACAAAGCGUAAAAAGCACAAAUGGUAUAGAAAUUCAUCGGCGGAGAUGUCGAAUAAAUCUAAGUAACUGGGAAUGGAAUAAAGUGUUAGAUACAAGAUUAGUGAAAGAAACAAGUAUCAACAAUAGAAUGUUGCAGUCAAUUGUCAAAGAGUUGCAUCAAGAUAAAGAAAAACCAAAGCAUGACAUAUUGGAGAUAUUUUCAUCAGAUCAGAUAUCAACAGAUGAUAAUAAGGGCACAAUCACCAAAAAUAUUGAACAUGACGAAGAACCUCAACCCAAACAUGCCAAAAUGAAUCAGUUUGCUUAUCCGGAGAUAACAGAAUCGCCGUUGUCUAAACUGGCAAAAGAUGAGCUGUUAAGUAUAAUGGAAUCUGCUGUAGACUUACAAGACGAAGACGGCUAUGCAAAUUUAACAGUGUGGGAUUUUGCGGGUGACAUUGAGUAUUACAACACACAUCAAACGUUUUUGAAUUCAGAAGCAAUUUUUCUUGUCGUAGCAAAUUUACAUGACACAGAUGACACAGUAUCCUACGGCACAUUCAAUUUCUGGAUGGAUACAAUACAUUGUUAUGGAAGCAUAAACGACAAAACUGAAGCUGUAUUGCUCGAAGGAGCUCAAAACCUUCUAGAUCCACCAGUUAUUGCAAUUGGUACACACAAGGACAAAUUUCAGGACGAAGAACAAUGCAGAAAACGUCUCGAAUCCUACACUGAUAAAAUAUUUAAAGAUUCCAAGCGUCACCUGAGAUCAAUUCACCUGAUAUCCAACACAGAGGAUGAAGAAGAUGCUUUUGGAAAAUUGAGAAAUAAUAUAUUUGCCACAGCAAAGAGUAGCGCAAAUUGGAAUCGAGAAUACCCUGUUAAAUUUAUUCAGAUGGAAAAAGCCAUCAACUCUGAACUUACGAUCGGAAAACAAAUAAUUUCUUUUGAAAGAGUAAAAGAACUAGGUGAGAAAAUACCACUUCCCAUAACUGAUGACAAGGAGCUUCAUCUCUUUCUCAGGUAUCAACAUGAAAUUGGUAACGUGAUAUUUUUUGAAGACAUUCCGUCAUACAUCAUACUUGAUCCCCAAUGGUUAGCAAAUGCCUUUACAUGCAUUGUUACAGCCCAGCAGUUUCAACUGGAAUUACCACACUUACAAUGGGACAACUUCAAACAAACAGGAAAGAUGGAUCCUAAGCUAUUGGAAGAAAUAUUCAAGAAACAAUCAGCAGACAUGAGGAUUCAUAAAGAGCAUAUACUGGAAGUAAUCGAAAAGUUUGACAUUAUCAUCUAUCCAUUGCUACUGACGGAAAGUGGAAAUGUACAAAGGGAGCAUAGCUUUUACGUUCCAUGCAUGCUUCAAACAUUAAAAAUUAAGGAUAUUGAUGUAUUGUUUAACGUUCCAAAUGCUAGCAAAUCGACAUGUUUGUGUUUUGUCUUUAGUUUUUUACCGCCGUAUCUAAUCAGCAAUCUGAUUGUCUCUUGUCUACGAGAAUAUCCUCUAGCAGUGGUAAAGGGCGAGAUAGGUCUCUUCAAGGAUUGUUGUGUAUUUAAUAUUGGCAGAACUGGCUGUGCAAAAUUUGUAUUAGCAAAGAGUAGCCAUAUGAUUCAGCUGCAAGUAUGGCAAUGGGAUGAAGUAGAUACAAAGGUUAACCAAGCUGUUUUAAAAGUUGUCGAAAGAGAAAUCAACAGAAUUGUCAACACACGAUACAAGUUGAAAACGGUAUCUUUCGAGAAAAAAUGGAAGUGUGAGACCACCAGUUUCUCCUUUGACACAGGAUUCCUUGAAUUUGAUCAAGUAAAUGAUGGGGAAAAUUAUUAUUGCGAAGAACAUGCGACAGUUCAUAAAUAUAAAGACUAUUGGUCUGGUGAGAAAUCAAAGGCUUCCCGUAGAAUAAGUUGUGAUCAACAGAAUUACGUCAGAAUGUCAAUGAUAGUUCUAGAGGUAUUAUCAGGCGUUUUAUACGAUCGCUUAUACAUAGAUACAAAGACUGGAGAAAUACUUGAUCGUGAUAAGUUGGACAUAACAGAAAUGUGUAGGAAAUAUUGUGCUUUAAAAAUAAACUUUCCAAGUAAAGGCUUUAGGAAAAUAGAAACGGUUGACGAGAUUUCUACCAUUGAAGAUACUAUUGGUGACGACAUUCAACGGAUACGUGUGAUCAGAAAUGAAAUGCAGCAUUCUUCUGUCUUUGCAUUAGACGACACACGAUACCAAACACUAAUCACUAUAGUUCAUGAUAUGCUAACUAGAUUUGACCAGCGUAACAAUCCAGCAGGUGAAUCCUAUGUAAAACGAUUAGACGAAAUCAGGAAAAUGGAAUUAGAGACAAGGAGUUUUGAAGAGAUAAAAGAACGAAUGAAAGCAGGAUUGAUAGAAAAGAUGCAUGCAGUUUUCGAUAGUAUGGUAUCUGAUGCUUUGAACGAUAUUUGUUAAUUUAUUUUUGUAUUCACCAUUUACGGUCAAUAGGAUAAAUAUUGAAUAUGUGAAAACUUCGCAUAUUAGAAAAAUGUAAUGAACUACUCUUAACUAUAAUUUACUAAUUUAAUUGACAAAAAAGUCAAUGGUAAACAAUAUAUAAAUAAGAAGAUGUGGUUUGAACACUGUCCAUUGGAGUCCCAAUGUAAUAAAAGUUAACUAUAGGUCAAAGUACGAAGCCUCGGUGCACACCAAUCAGCAAACUAUAAAUUAUAGUGUAAAACCAAUGAUACAGGACGACUAAGGACUUAUAACAGAGAAACACAUAUGAACCAAACCAACAAACCACAUCCAUCGAACAAUAGGUUACUGACUUAGGACAAGCGCAGACAAAUGCAGAAUGUGUUUGAUAUAUUAUAACUAGUAUUUCAAGUUAAAACAUAGUUGUUGAUCAUAAAGUUAAAUCAUCAAUAUGUUUUAUCAUUGAAAGAAAGCUUUGUGUCGAAAGUUGUGAAAUCAAGGAUCUAUGACAUACAAUUGCUAUAGGAGGCAUUUUGAAUUUUUUGUAUAAUUAGAUUCUUAAUUGUAAGCUGGAGAUGUCCAUCAGAAACCAAAGAUUACGUCAAUGCUUCAUUUAGGUCUUUAUAACAACGUCUAAAUUUAACUAUGUGAAGAUAGUCGAAGAUAAAUACUUUACACAAUGUGUUAUUGACCAGACACUAUAUAAACGGGGUCGUUUGUGGUAUUAACCGAUUCAGAUUUUAUCGCUUAAGGUCAAAAGCACACUGUAUCUGAUUAUAUUCUCAGUUAAUGCAAUUUGUGUAUCGAUUCUGUAUACCUAUUAUUGAUGAUUCUGUAUACCUAUUAUUGUUGAUUCUGUAUACCGAUUAUUGUUGAUUCUGUAUACCUAUUAUUAUUGAUUCUGUAUACCUAUUAUUAUUGAUUCUGUAUACCUAUUAUUAUUGAUUCUGUAUACCUAUUAUUAUUGAUUCUGUAUACCUAUUAUUAUUGAUUCUGUAUACCUAUGAUUGCUGAUUCUGUAUACCUAUUAUUAUUGAUUCUGUAUACCUGUUAUUAUUGAUUCUGUAUACCUAUUAUUAUAGAUUCUGUAUACCUAUUAUUAUUACUUUUACUUUUAACUGUUUAUCUUUUUUCUGUUUUGUAAUUGUUUCAUCAUUAGUAUUAUCCACAUCAAUUAUGUUACAAAUGUAGUGCAGAUAGUAUCAUCAAUUGUGUCAUCAGAUAAUAUCUUUUCUCGUUUUGUUAAUUGAAACAGUUUCUCAAAAGUCAAUAAAUACACCAUGUUCACUUGAGUGUAUUGAUAACAAAUUUGAUUUCUUCCACUAUUACAGAUGAAUAAGAAAAUAAGAGUAAAAAAGUUUCAAUAAAAAUAAGAAAGUCCAAUGUAUAGCCAGUCAUUAAAAAAUAAAGUAAAUGUUGUUUGUAUAUAUAUAUAUAGAUAGUAUACAUGAUUGCAAUUUUAUUUAGAUAGACCUAUAAACUAUAUAUACAUACACACUAUAUAUUUGUAAAUAUAUCAUAUAUCAGCUCAUAAUUCAAGUAUAGAAACAAACUGUCAGAAAUAUUAGUGACAUAAAUAAUGUAGGUACAUUUUCAAAAUAAGCAGAAAAGCUUAAUUACAUUGUGUAGUAUAUUUGUUCUAACAUAUUUAUUAAAGUAUAUUACGGAUUACAAAUGUGUCGAGGUUUGUGAUUGGAUAACAACACAGAAUUGUCAGUAUAUAUUUAGAAAACUGCUAGGGUAUAUACGACAUUUGUAUCCCUAAUUUGAACCUCAAAAACGUUAUCAUAACAACGGUUACUAUGUAACAUAGUCAAAAGCUGUACAGAACACUAAGGAAUGUCAGAGCCUCACAGAGAGCAAAAUAAUGACGUGCGUCAGUCAAUAGUACAUUUUUAAUACAAAAUCACUUAAUUUACACUUUUAAUACUUAAAUUUAAUGUUAAAUGUGUUAUUUGGCACAACUUUUUGGAAUUUUGGAUCCUCACUGCUCUUCAACUUUGUACGUGUUUGGCUUUAUAAAUAUUUUGAUAUGAGCGUCACUGAUGAGUCUAAUGUAGACGAAACGCGCGUAUGACGUACUAAAUUAUAAUCCUGGUACCUUUGAUAACUAAUUAUAAUAAAUUAUCACAUCACGUAUGCCAAACUUAUAAGGUUGGGUUUUUCAAUAUAUGUGUUGUAAAAAAACAAAGCCACACACACAUACAAACACAACAUAUGAUAUCUAAAAACUUUAUUGAAAGUAUUUUUAACGGGAAAAAAUUUAACAAGAUAUAAAAGGUGCAUAUAAAUGGAUUACUCAAAAUAUUAAAAAACACAAUAAACAUGUAAUGAAUAUGUUGCAUUGUGAAUGUUCAACAAAUACCUACACUGGAAAAUAACAGGUCAGGGAUAAUCCGUCAUAUAUGUGUAAUUCAGGUCUCAGACAGGGUAUAUACUGUGUCAUUUCCGGCUUAAGGCUUAUAUCCCCUUCGCCUUCGUCUCGGGGGAUAUAAACUCUAAACCGGGAAUGUCACAGUAUCUUCCCUGUCUGAGACCUGAGUAACAUAUAAUAUCUUUCUCUGUUCGUAUUUUGUAUAUUGUAUUAUGCAUUAUGUAUGUCAUGUCACCUUUUUAAUAAUAUGUUGUAUUACUCAAUAAUAUUUUGUAAAAAUUCGUAUUAUGAGUGCGUACAAAAUUAUUUUUUAUUAUGUGUAUGCUUCCUUUAAACUGUAUUUCUUUUUUAAAUAAAGUAUCAUUGGUAUGCAUUGUUAUACU